AAUUAUGGCUGGACUGGUCCACUUGGCUAGAUUUUGUAGUAAACAACAAAUAAAUAACAAUAGAAAAUCCUACAGUACCUUAGUGCGUUAUACAAACUGCAAAUUUAAUGCUGCUGGUCAACGUGUGGCUUCCCAUUUGAUACUGUAAAAUCUGUUAAAUAGAAAAAAACUUAAUUUCAAAAAGAGAUUUCCACACAACCACCAAAAACAUAAAUAUGGGACGUACUAAACGCAUACGCACACAACGUCAACGUUUAGCUCUUGAACAGGAGCAAACAAAAGAUGAACACUUUCUACCGGAUUUAUAUAGAUAUUUAAGUUCUUUAGGUUGGCAAAAUGAAACCAAAUUGACAGCACGAAAUUUUCCUUUAACGGGCAGAGGUUUAUGCUCCAAGUCAGUGGCUGUUGAAAAGGAGAACAAUAUAAUACGUUUACCCCUUGAGGCUUUGUUAACAAUUAAAACGCUAGAACAAGAUGAAGAUUUUAAAAAUCUCUUCGUUAAAGAGAAAUUUGUUAAAGAACAUAAGAUUUCAUUUCAAUCCUUAAUGGCUUUUUAUGUUAUGCAUCAAAAAUUACUAAGGGAGCAAUCGAAGCAUAAAUCAUAUAUAAAAUCUUUACCUAAUUAUUUUACCACACCUUAUUUUUGUCCCAUCGGCGAACUACAAUGUCUACCAGAUUCUAUUUUAGAACGUACUGUUGAACAAAAUAGAAAAAUUAAAGAAGCCUAUCAAAAUCUUAAACUAGUUUAUAAUUUCGAAGAUUUUGAUUCAAAAUAUUCACUUACAGAUUUCCGUUGGUCUUAUUUUGUCGUUAACACACGUAGUGUUUAUAUUUUCAGUCGUCUCAUUAAACCGGAUAAAUGUUUCUUUCAGCCUCUAAUAUCGGAAGAUUGUAAUUUAGCUUUGGCUCCCUUUUUUGAUUUAUUCAAUCAUUCUGAUCUAUAUCAAACUCAGGCUGAUUUAAUACGCAAUCCCUGUACCAAGGAAUUUGAAUUCAUUUUAACAUUAGAAAAUUGUCCUUCGGCAAAAAUUCUACCCCUACAACAGAUUUUCAUAAGUUAUGGUACUUUAACAAAUCUAAAACUUUUAAUUGAAUACGGUUUUAUAUUGCCCUCCAAUCAAAAUGAUUAUUUUGAAUUCUCUCUUAAUGAUAUAGAAACUUUUCUACAACAGGAAAAAUCGUUUAAAGGUUUAAUAUUUCAUAGAAAUAAAUUUAAAUUUAUACGUGAACACAAUCUACACGAUCAAAUGUUUAUCCAUAAAGAGGAGGGUAUUUCUCAUAAUCUUCAUGUUGUUCUACAUUUACUAUUCAAAGAAGAAAGUUAUUUUCCUAAUAUUUUAAAUCAAGUAGCAUUUGGUUCUGCCGCGAACUUAUUAAAUGUUAAUAAAGAAGUAGAACUUUUAUUAAAAUUUAAAAUUAAAGAAUAUGAAGAGUUUAUUAAAACAUUAAAUUCUAAAGAAAACUUAACAAAAUCAGGUUUAGUUUGUAAUCUAUAUUUGAAGGAAUGUUUGAACUAUUUAAACAAUUGUUUAAUAAACUUAUAAAGUAACUAAUAUUAAAGAAUUUUGUACUUUUUUUAAAAUAUAAAUAAAUCUUUAUAUAAAUUUUUUUAUAAAAU